AUGGCUCCACCACCACCACCACCACCACCACCACCAGCUUAUUAUCAGGAUAGUUUUGUUGAUCAUGAAUUGUCCAAGAAUUUGGAUUCUACUUUUGCCUUUGAAGGACCAGAGAAAUUGUUGGAAAUCUGGUUUUGGAAAUCCGAGAAUGAUAUCCCUGGUCACAUAAACAAAGACCAAGGUAGUGUAGACAAAGACAUUGAUGAAAAAGGUGUACACCAUGAAGGAUUACGGUCCAUCCCCAUGCAAUCAUGGGUUCGAAUUUUGGAUUUGGUCAAUUGCAAAAUCUUGUCUAUGAAGAGUUGCAAAUUUAUGGAUGCGUAUUUGUUGAGUGAAUCGUCCUUGUUUGUGUUUCCACACAAGAUGAUUUUGAAAACUUGUGGAACUACAACCACAUUGGCAUGUUUGAAAGAGUUGUUCGCCACUGUUGCCAAGAACCUCGCUAUGAGUGUCAAUAGUAAGGAGAUUUACAAGAUAUUUUAUUCACGAAGAUGUUUUAUGUUCCCUGAUAAACAGGUGCAUGUGCAUAAAGAUUGGAAGAGUGAGGUUGCAUUGUUGAAUGAGUUUUUCAGUCUGGGUAAAUCGUAUGUUGUGGGCAACUUUGCUAGUGAUGACCAUUGGUACCUAUACGUUGGUGGGAAAGAACAAGAAGGUGAACAGCAGCAAGAGAGGAAGGCUGCCUUCCACCCACACAAGGUUGUUGAUCAGACGUUUGAGAUUUUAAUGACUGAGUUGGAUCCUCAGUGUGCAAGCAAGUUUAUCUAUUCGAGAAAACCAGGUCAGGAGGCUGAGAAUGAGCAAGAUGACUUGGGUCACAGCUUGGGCUUGGACACCAUGGUGGAGACUGAAUUGGACUCCAUUUUUGAGCCCAUCAAUGUCAAUACCCAUUUACCUUCACCUUCAUUAUCUGACCUUUCCGAAGAUGAUGAGCAAGAGAAUGGUUGUGGUAAACGAAGGUCAUCUGUCGAUUGCAGAAGCGCUACCGCUCCUACUAAAUUUGAGUUUAUUCACGAUGCUUUUGCAUUCACUCCCUGCGGAUACUCAUCCAAUUCCAUCUGUUCAAAUGUCAAAGGAGGCUACUAUUACACACUACACAUUACCCCUGAAUCAGGGUGGAGCUAUGCGUCAUUCGAGACCAAUUUCCCCUUCAAUAACACGACAUACCCCAUCACGCAAGUUCUUUUCAAGAUUUUGGAUAUUUUCAAGCCUCGCAAGUUUUCAAUGACAUUGAUUAAUGAGAUUUGUGAUGGCAAGGAUAAGGAACUUUGCAGUGACGCGGACGCAGACAUGGACGAUGACGGUGACUCUGCGAUAGGUUGUGGUUAUCCUGAUGAUGCGUCAAAUUAUAAGACGUUGUUUGGGAGUGAUUUAUUGUUGAGGGAUAUGUUGGGAUACAAGAAACUUGAAAAAGUGGUUUAUGAUUUGCAAAAUGAGUAUCUGUUGUUGUAUAUGAAUUUUGAAAAAAUAUAG